ACCCGGGGUAACAGGCGAGGCGCUUUACGGCGGCGGCGGCCGGGUGAGAGGCUCGGCGGCGGCGGCGGCGGUGGAGCGGCCGCGGCGGCAGAGGCGGCUGCGGCGGUGGCUGAGGGACAGGAGCGGCGGCAGCGGCGGCGGGGAGCGGCGCGGGGAUGGCGGAGGUACCGCCUGGGCCUAGCAGCCUCCUCCCACCACCAGCGCCCGCGGCCCCGGCGGCGGCCGAGCCCCGCUGUCCGUUCCCGGCGGGGGCCGCGCUCGCUUGCUGCAGCGACGACGAGGAGGACGACGAGGAGCACGAAGGCGGCUGCGGUAGCCUGGCGGGCGGCGAGGCGACGAGCACGGCCAAGGCGCGUUCCUGCCUGCGCUGCCCGCAGCUGCCUCCAGAGCAGCCGCAGCAGCUCAACGGAUUGAUCGGCCCCGAACUGCGACACCUCCGGGCCGCGGCGACCCUCAAGAGUAAGGUUCUGAGUGCCGCGGAGGCAGCCGCCCCCGACGGGGCCCCCAAAGUGACUGCCACAAAAGGAGCCGGGGGACACCCGGAGGAAAGAGCUCCCUGCCCGGCCCCCAACAAUGCAAGAACUGCGCUCCCCGGCCGGCCGGAGGCGGCGGCGGCGGCGGCAAGCGACCCCGCGGCGGCUCGCAACGGACUGGUGGAGGGCAACGAGCCGGAGGAGGAGGAGGACGAGCAGGUGCGGCUGCUGGCUUCGGCCCUGACCGCCGGCUGCAGUCUAAGGAGCUCCCUGGGCCGGGAGGCCGAGCCCGGGGAGGAUCGGACGAUACGAUACGUCCGCUAUGAAUCCGAGCUCCAAAUGCCUGAUAUCAUGAGACUGAUCACCAAAGAUCUGUCCGAACCCUACUCCAUUUAUACGUAUAGAUAUUUUAUCCACAACUGGCCACAGCUGUGUUUCUUGGCCAUGGUAGGGGAGGAGUGUGUAGGUGCCAUCGUUUGCAAGCUGGAUAUGCACAAAAAGAUGUUCCGCAGAGGUUAUAUAGCCAUGUUAGCCGUGGAUUCCAAGUACAGGAGGAAUGGCAUUGGUACUAACCUGGUAAAGAAAGCUAUAUAUGCCAUGGUGGAAGGAGACUGUGAUGAGGUUGUUUUGGAAACAGAAAUAACAAAUAAGUCUGCUUUGAAACUUUAUGAAAACCUUGGUUUUGUUCGCGAUAAGAGGCUGUUCAGAUACUAUUUAAAUGGAGUUGACGCACUGCGACUUAAACUGUGGCUGCGCUGAGACUGACGGCAAGGGAUGGCUCCACCCACACGGAAGCGACUUUUGCAUGCAAUGCAAUUUGUGCAGAAUUGCUUUGCAGGUGGAUUUAGUAAUUCCCAUGCAGCUGUUACCUGUCAGUGUCCAUUGAGUGUCGCACAAUAUUUGUUGCACUUUGGCAUGGCGCAUUUGUUCUGAAUUAAAUGAGAUUGUUUUAAACUUCAAGGGUUCUUUUGGUACCAACAGGAUGUGCCAGUUAAUAGCCAAGACUUGUUCAUUUGCAAAGUUUGCUGACAGUGCUAUUUACAUAGUGAUCAUUUUAUCACAGAACCAGUAAGUGGGACAUGAUUUUUGUCCCUUAAAGAAGCCAAUGUAGUAAGUCUCUUAAGUAUACUAACAUUUCACACAAACCUGCCAUAGUUUUCUGAAGGGGCUGAGGGAGAAGCUUCAGUUUAGGUUUUAUUUUUUCAAUAUUACAUUUUCCAUUCUUGAAUAUUGGUACCUCAGUGAUUAGUGGAUGAAAAGUAUAGGGUGGGAUUUGUCUUACAUUGAGUAAAGAUGACAAUUGAAUUGCGUCUGCCAGUGCCUGUGUAGAUAAGUAUUCUUGUCUUCAUCUCUAGUUUUUGAAUGCAUGCUGUCUUUUCUUUUUCUUUAAUGCCUUUGCAAGCAAACUUGUUUUUAUUUAAAUUCUAAAUUUGAUAAUAAAUUAUUUCAGAUUUUUAUAAUUUGGACAGUUUUUCCAGGUGAGUGACAGUGGUUUGAUUUAGAAGUCCUUUUUUUCCUUACAGUAAGAAAUUGAAUCUACUUGGGAAACAGAAAUGACUUAAAGGGAUGAGCUGGGAAUUGCUGGGUUCUGGAUGCACUUUUUUUUUUUUUUUUUUGAGAAUGGGGAAUUUUUGGACAGGAAUAGAAAAUUAAUGUAAAUUGGUAUGAUUUUAUUUAAUCAAAAUGAUUGUUAAGCUGUGAAGAACAGCUUCUAUAAAGUAGCUGGGUUUUUGUUUUGUUUUUUACUUGAUUUGAAUUCACAUCGCUUCCAUUUUUGACACUUCACUUUUGGUUCUUUGUCUUAGAAAUAAAUUUCAAGGAGCAUUGUAUCCGUUUUAAGCUGCAUUUAUUUUCUUUUCACUCAUGAGCAGAUUCUUGAGGGACCUUUGCUUUGUUCCUCCAGAAAAAGGGGAGGGUUGGAAAUUUUUACAAUGAGUUCUUUGGGUUUUCUGAGCAGCCAAGGUGUUUAUUAGUUACAAUGUAUUUUGGCUAAUCAGUGUAAUGUUAACAAAUUUUAGUGGAUUGUUUUGAGUUGAGUCAAGUAAACCUGUGAUGGAUAAUUUAUUUAAUAGAAACCCUAAGCACUCAUAAGGAACAAGAUUGAUUCUCUGACAAAUGUUCCAUAGGAAUCUGGCAUUCGUGCUGUUCUUUUCAUUUGAUUUUACUUUUCUUCUGCUCUAGUACUUGGUUUGAAUUUUAUUUUAUGGCUGUAAUUACUGUAUUUUUUAAAACCCUACCUCCGUUAACAGUUGGUAAAGGCCCCUUUUCAGGAAAGUUUGUUGCUUUUUUUCCUUUUUUUCUUUUUUUUUUUCCCAAGGAAAGCUGCUCUUUGCUCAGUAUAAUAUUUUGAAAGUGAACAUGGUAACAAGUACUUUUAAAAUAAAGAUGCACACUUUAUAUUUGAAAAUAAAAACUUCCUGCUGGUGGGAUCAUUUAUAGUCCUUAUUUUUAAGAAAAUGUGUCUUUCCAUUUUAUAUUGCUCUUUAAAGUUUAAUGCAGAAUACUGGUAAUAUUAAAAGUGUGAUGACCACGUAGUACUCAGCUUUUCUGUGUACCACUUUGAGUCUGUUUUUGGUCAAACUUCAUUUGGGCUCCAGUAUUUGGAAGACUGCCAGUCAUCAUGAUGGUUCUGUUUCUGUUUCAGCGUGGAGGAAAGUAGCUAAACAGUAUGCUGGACGUUGUCAAAUUUUGUUUUGAUUUGCCAGUCCAUAAGUAAUGAAUGUUAAUGAACAUACAUUUUCUUGACUUGCUCUAAUGGGAAUAGUUGUAAAGUAGAUACAUGCUAGAUUUUUCAAUUCAAAAGUUUUGUUCUUGCUAGGCUGUCAAUGAAACCGUCACAACUCCCCUUAACUUCAGAAUUGCUGAAUUAACUGUGUGAUGAUCUGUAAACAUGACCUGAACUAUGUGGCUAAAAUAUCAGGUCAUUACAUGCUGCUCAAUGGAUGGAGACAUGAUGAUAUCAGUGUAUACUUUGAUGUUUUUAAUUACUUGACCAGUUUUUUUUAACCUAAAAUUUAACCUAGUCACAAAAUUAAAACUUUCCAAGUUGAAAUAACUUCAAACAUGAAUUUGAUAUUAAGGCUUUCAUUUUUUUUAUAUCAACUUAAAAAGUAGUCCCAUUUAUAAUUGACAGUGGGUUCACUUGGCUAAAACUGAGCAAAAUUGGUGCAACUUUCUUUUAGUGGGGUGCUGCCUCUUUAAGACUGACUGUACUAUCCACUGACACUGAUUUGGCGGUUGAUACUGCUGAACAUUUAAUACAUGCUACCAUGAAGCUAUAUAUGUUAGUAUUGAAAGCUAACGGGUAUGCUACCAGUCUUGAUGUGUGGACUGAUUAUAAUUUUCCUUACAUUGGGAUGAAACCUAACUCUGGAAUAAUCAAAGUCCACAUUAGUACUUGAUGUCGAAACCAGCAAAAUAAGAUAAAAGAUAAUAUUAAAAUCUGAUUUUUAACUUUUUUUGUUUCUCUUCUCCAAAUUACCUUACACACACACGAAACAAAUCUGUGUAAAGGAGUUUAACUCAAGUUUUAACUCUUCCAUGCCCUGUGUUAUGGUGUUGGCUGGCAUGUAUAAGACUGGAUGUGUAUAUUUAUUAUGGUGUCUAAAAGUUAUGAGGUUCAUCACUUUCCAGGAGCAUAGAGGGAAUCAGAUUGGUAGUACACCUCGACAUCACUAGGAUGAGUGCUAUAAUAUCCUAGGGCUUUCAGGUUUGUAAAAACAUAACCAUAAGUUAUAUUGACGUCACAUAUGAGUUGAGUAUCUAUGAAAUAUCACGUGUAUCUCAAGAAUAUUGGACUGCUGUUUCAUGACUGGGGUGUUGCUGCAUAGAUAUUGACCUGUCCUUUUGGAGAGAGAUUUCAUGGGAUUUGAACUGUGCAAGCUGUGUGAAUAACAUGCAGUCAAAUAAAAUAUGGUUAAGUUGUGUUUGCAUUUUUCUUUAAGAUACAGCUGUGUGCAUUCUGUAAUUUGGUUUCAGAUAAUUAAAAAGCAUCCUGUUUUA